AUGGCGGCCACCAAACACAAAGUCCCGAGAAUGCGGUUCCUUAAUGGCCAAGAUUUCUGUCAUUAUGUUGGACUUGGAACUGUUCAGAACCCAGAUGAGGUUGGACCAGCCCUAAGUGAAGCUAUAGAUCUUGGUUACCGACAUAUUGACUGUGCAGCAUUGUACAAAAACGAAAAGGAAAUUGGAGACGUUCUUAAAGAAAAAACAACAGUUGGCACAGGAGCCAUUGAUAGAGAUGACUUCUUCAUUACUUCAAAGGUUUGGGGAACCAAUCUUCGGGCAGAGAAAACCAUUGAAUCCUUAAAGAAAACGCUUGCUGAUCUCGGACUGAAAUACUUAGAUCUCUUGCUGAUUCACGUUCCUUUUGGACUUAAGGAAGGAGAUGACAGUUUUCCAAAAGAGGAGGAUGGAACGUUUUGUUUAUCCGAUGUUGAUUACGUAGACACGUGGAAGGUCUUUGAGUCACUGGUAGAUGAAGGUUCUGUCAGAUAUAUAGGCGUGUCUAACUUCAACUGUGCACAAUUACAGAGACUACUGGAAACUCCGGGGCUGAGGUACAGGCCAGUCUGUAACCAGAUUGAGAUUUCACCUUACUAUGUCAAUGACAAGCUAGUCCAAUUUUGUCAAAGACGGGACACACCCGUGGUGGCGUAUGCACCUCUCGGAGCUCCGGCCAGACCUUGGGUGCAAAAAGAAGAGCCUGUCCUUCUGGAGGAACCGGUCAUAAAAAAGAUUGGGAAAUUCCAUCAACGAACACCGGGUCAGGUGGUUCUACGUUGGGGCGUCCAGAGAGGGUACUCGGUCAUACCAAAGAGUUCAAAUAAGCAAAGAUUAAAAGAAAAUUUACAUAUAUUUGACUUUUCACUAACUGCCAGAGAAAUGGAGGAGAUAGCAGCGUUGAAUAAAAACCAGAAAGCAUAUGGAUUCGAAGGUGCCAAGAAAAGUCCAAACUAUCCUUUCAACGAACCCACUCAUAUUGAGCAAGGAGGGUCGGCAAUCAUGUAG